CACACCAAAGUUCCUUUAUCCCCGCUUCACUCUCUUAGUUUUUUAGUUUCUCAUAUCUUCCUCAAGUCCCAUAUUGAAGGAGUUAACUUGAUUCAACACAACCAUGAACAAAGCAUAUUUGAAACUGUUUUGUGGUGGUUCUAAUCAACACAAACGGUGUACGUUCUCCAACAAAGCUAAAGUUACCUCUUUAGUAGCCACUUUUUCAGCUUUUGCUAUCUGGAUUUACAUAUUUGCAGGUAUUUCAAUUCCAUUCAUCCAAAUAGGCAAACCCCAACAAGAGGAUUUUCUUCUAAAAUGCAUAAAAGAGAAAAAUUUCAAACAAACAUGUCCAAGAAACUACCCUUCAAAACACAAUCCAACCAAUCCUAACACACACAUUUGUCCCUCAUACUUUAAAUUUAUCCAUGAAGAUCUAAAAGCAUGGAGAGAAAAAGGGAUCACAAAGAAGAUGUUAAAAGAGGCAAAAAAGAAAGCAUACUUGAAGAUUGUGAUUGUGAAGGGAAAGUUGUAUUUGGAGAAGUAUAGGAAAUCAAUUCAAACAAGAGAUGUUUUUACUUUGUGGGGUAUUUUGCAACUAUUAAGGUUGUACCCUGCCAAGUUGCCUGAUUUGGAACUUAUGUUUGCUUGUGAUGAUAAGCCUGUUUUUCCUUUGGAUAAGUUUGAAGACUCAAAUGAUUCACCACCACCAUUGUUUAGAUAUUGUUCAGAUGAGUUGAGCUUGGAUAUUGUGUUUCCAGAUUGGUCCUUUUGGGGAUGGGCUGAGACAAAUAUAAAACCAUGGAAAGAUAUCUUGAAAGAUAUAAAAGAAGGGAACAAAAAGACCAUGUGGAAGGAUAGAGUACCUUAUGCUUAUUGGAAGGGGAACCCUUAUGUUGCUCCCACUAGGCAAAAUCUUAUGCAAUGCAAUGCUACAUUAGAAAAGGACUGGAACACUCUUUUAUACAUACAGGAUUGGAUACAAGAGUCCAAUCAAGGUUUCAAGAAAUCCAGCUUAGGGGAACAAUGCACCCAUAGGUACAAGAUAUACAUAGAAGGAUGGGCUUGGUCAGUUAGUGAGAAAUACAUUUUAGCAUGUGAUGCCAUGACAUUAUAUGUAAAAUCCAAUUUCUAUGAUUUUUUCAUUAGAGGCAUGGUGCCAUUACAACAUUAUUGGCCCAUUAGAGACCAUAAUAAAUGCACCUCUCUCAAGUUUGCUGUGGAAUGGGGAAACAAUCACACUAAUAAGGCACAAGCAAUAGGGGAAACUGCUAGCAAAUUCAUACAAGAGGACUUAGACAUGGACAAUGUAUAUGAUUACAUGUUUCAUCUACUAAAUGAAUAUGCAAAGCUCCUAAGGUUCAAACCAACUAUACCUAGAGGAGCUGUGGCGUUAUGUCCUGAAAAAUUAAUGGCAUGUAAUGUAAAUGGUACACAAAAGAGAUUCAUGGAAGAGUCAAUGGUGAAGUUACCUAGUGAUUCAAAUCCAUGCACUAUUCCUCCUCCAUAUGAUUCUUUAACCUUACAAGAAUUUUUAGAUAGAAAAGAAAAUUCAACAAGACAGGUAGAAAUUUGGGAAGAUGAAUAUUGGCUAAGUAAAACCAAGGGACAAUAGUAUUUGCAUAGUUGUUACCUUUUUUUUAUUAUUCAGAUUCUUAUUCUUCUAAGUCCCUUAGGAUCCAAAAGCAUGAUUAUAAUGUAUAUGCAAUUUGUCCAAGAUUAUAUGAUAUUACUUGUCUAUAUCUUUUAGAAAAUAA